CCAGUUUAGGAUCUCAAUUUGUUGUCGAACUUGUCAAGCAUCAAGAGCUUACACAAUUUUUGUUAUUUUUUUGUAACUAAAGAACUGUUCUAGCAUGACUAUUCUGCAUAGAAUUUCUUGCACAGAAAUAUCAUGUGAAUAAAGAAUCUUAAGAACAUCAUUUGAUAGAUGUAACUUGAUAGAAAAAAUAAAAAUGACAUUUAUUAUGAGCUUAAUUAUUUUUAUAUUCUUUACUUCAUGGUUAAAAGAUAUCAAUGCUGAUGAAAGUGCAAGUAAUUUGAUGGUUGUCACGACAGAGAGGACUAGUUUAACAACAGAGUCAUACAAGUCACCAAGGUCUUACAUAUACAGAAGAGGGAAUUACGAAGAUCAUCAUGAUGAUGAUGAAAUGCCGGAAACUGACGAAAUGGAGGACAGCAAAGCCUUAGAGGCAGGAAAAAAUGAGUAUUGGGGUGGCUAUUAUGACUUUUUAAUAAAUGAAGGAAGCUACAAAUUCUGGGCUGUCUUUCAGCUUGCCACCGCCGCUCUUCUUAUAUACAGCGGUUUUGCUGCACUUUACUACGCAAAGGUAAAUCCUAUGACCACAGACGACUAUGAUGAGCUUUUUCGAAGAAGAAAACGUCAUGCAGGUCCGAUGGUUUUUAGUAUUGACAAUUUAACGUUUCAAAGAAUUAUUGAAGCGUUGGAGAAAUAUAAUAUUAAUUAAUAGAACAUUUAUUUAACUUUAGAGAUCUAAAUAAUUAAAAGAUUAAUUUUACGGCUUUUAUGUGAUUGGGUAGAAUAAGAAUAAGAACAAUGGUAGGGCUAAAAUAGGAUUGCGCAUGCGUACAACUACAAUAAUAGAUCAUAAUUGAUCAGUGCGUAUGCGCAUCCUUCAUUAUUAUCCUUGUUUCUAUUUUAAUUUUUAUUCCACCCAAUAGAAGGGGAAGAGGGGGUAAAGUGGAAUCCCACUAAAAAUUUUAAAUCAACAAAUUAAGCAUUAUAAACUUAUUUUAAUAAAUUAGUACUUUUUCUCGAGCGUUCCAUUUUGCCCUUGCGUUCCACUUUACCUACCUUUCCCUUAUAGUCGAAAUACUGAAAGAGUAAACUUGAAGGUUAUACGAGAAAUUAUUUUUUUUAAAGUUAUUAUGCCUAUUAUAUUUUUUAUAUUUUAUUUCAAGCUAUUCUAAGUUAUUAUUCACUACAAAUUGUUAUACAGAAAAUUAUUUUAUACGAGAAAUUAAUUAUUUUAAGUUGUGAACGAGCUCAGAAAUAAAUUAUGCGCAUGCGCCAAAAUAAUUUCCCUGUAUAAUCUCCAAGUCUACUCUUUCAGUGUUUCGACAAUAUAAAGGCCUGAAUAAAUCUAAAAUAGGGAUAUGCAUGCGUACAAAUCCAUUUUUUAUUUCAUGUUGUGCGCAUGCGUAUUUUUAAUCUAAACCUAUUUCUAUUUUUUCCCGUAUUUUACUCCAUUGUAGGACGACUU